CUUCUAGGCUUCAGUUUGCUACUUCCCCCCCCCCCAAAAAAAAAUAAAUCGAACAUGGUUUGGGACGGAACUCGGAAGUGAUAUUUGAGCCUUGAAAGAGAGUGACUUACAGCUAAAAAUGCAACUAUCCACAGUGUUAAUAUUUGGUUCCCUUGUCUUAGUCGGUUAUGUUGAGGCCAAUCCACAUGCCAAGCGGCUCUAUGACGAUCUAUUGGCCAACUAUAAUCGCUUAAUCUUGCCUGUUGCGAAUAACUCGGAAAAGCUAACCGUGAAACUGGGACUCAAACUGUCCCAAUUGAUCGACGUGGACCUGAAGAACCAGAUCAUGACAACCAAUGUCUGGAUUGAGCAAAAAUGGUUUGAUUACAAAUUGAAAUGGAAGCCUGAAGAUUACGGCGGAGUGGACACUUUGUACGUUCCUUCUCAACAUAUUUGGCUACCAGAUAUUGUCUUGUUCAACAACGCUGACGGAAAGUAUGAGGUGACUUUGAUGACCAAAGCCAGAUUAAAAUACACGGGCGAGUUGAUUUGGAAGCCGCCAGCCAUUUACAAGUCCUCGUGCAAAAUCAACGUGGAAUGGUUUCCUUUUGAUGAGCAAACGUGUGAUAUGAAAUUCGGCAGCUGGACCUACGAUGCCUUUCAGCUGGAUCUCAAACAUAUGGAUCAGUUGAGAGGUUCCAACAUCGUCAAGAUGGGCAUCGAUCUCACCGAGUUCUACGUCUCCGUGGAAUGGGACAUUUUGGCUGUUCCAGCCACUCGAAAUGAGGAAUACUACACCCCUCAAAGAUAUCAAGAAGAGCUCAAUCCUGCUUUGGAUGAAAACGGGAAUGCGUUGGAAUCAGAUGCUGAGGAUGAUCUAAUGGAGGGCGAGAGCAAGUCCAAACUUCUCACUGAUAUCACUUUUUACAUGACCUUGAGGCGGAAGACCUUGUUCUACACGGUCAAUCUAAUCAUUCCAUGUGUGGGGAUCUCAUUCUUGACAGUGUUGGUCUUCUAUCUACCAUCUGACUCCGGAGAAAAAGUUACGCUCUGUAUUUCCAUAUUGCUUUCGCUCACUGUCUUUUUCUUGCUUCUGGCCGAGAUUAUUCCUCCGACGUCUCUGGCUGUCCCACUUUUGGGCAAAUACCUUCUAUUCACCAUGAUCCUAGUUACGUUAUCCAUCACGGUGACCGUGGGUGUGCUCAAUGUUCACUUCCGAUCCCCUUCCACGCACCGCAUGUCGCCUUGGGUGAGGAAAGUGUUUAUACAAAUAAUGCCCAAGAUCUUGCUUAUGGAGCGGCCCAAAUACAUUCCCCGCUAUUCGGCAGAACCGGACAACAAAUUGAGUGUUUUGGAAGAGAGCUGUGGAUCGACCACAAAUACGCAUCGUUCAACGGUCAGCCGACGACAUUCCAACAAACCCAAUGGCCAUGCUGGCGGAUUGGAUUUGUGUAAAUUUGAAGAGCAUUCCGCAGGUUGCGACGAUUUGAAGGAUGAUUGCGCCUCGCAUUGCCAUCAUCACACAUUGACCAGAAGCACGUUGAGUCGGGAUGACAUCCCCUCCAGUAAUGGGAUCCAACUCCAACAGCAAUCGCCUUUCCAUAGCUCCAAUGUUACCACCCUCACCACUCACCAUGUGCAUCAUCACCAUCACCAUCAUCAUCACCAUCAUCAUUCGCAUUAUUCACCCACCUCACCUCCCGGAGGACACUCCCCCGUCAAGCACGACGACGACGACAUGUCCUCUCAAAAAUCAUCGGAAAUUUCCGAUGCGGAUGGGCGGAAACCUACGAGCCAAGUAGCGGCUGCUUUGAAAGGGGUGGAAUUCAUUGCUCAGCAUAUUAAGAAAGCGGAUAAGGAUCGCGAGGUGAUUGAGGACUGGAAAUUUAUCGCCAUGGUUUUGGACCGCCUCUUCCUCUGGCUUUUCACCCUGGCCUGCGUGGCUGGGACGGGUGGGAUCAUCCUCAGGGCUCCAUCCCUGUAUGAUAUGAGAACGGCCAUUGACACUGAGCAAUCCACCAUUUCAAAGUAAUUGAAGAUUGGAAAUUCAUUGCCAUGGUGCUGGAUCGCAUCUUCCUGUACAUCUUUACUUUCCUCUGCUUGGGAGGAACAUCUUGGAUCAUCUUGAGAGCUCCAUCCUUGUAUGACAUGAGGCCAGCUCUCGGAUAA